GUUAUGCCAAGUAGGGCUUCGGCGGAAAAGCGACCCUGAAGGUGGUUGUCCACGCAAGCACCUUUUGCGCUCCGCAAUCCAAUAAUUACAUGCUCUGCACACUCAAGAACACGUUUCAAAGCAGAUAAAUACAGUUCAGGUCGGAAGCAACUUGGACUCUCCACCCCGAAAAGCACCCCAAAGUCACCUCCACGGUCCCGGCCCUUUGCGGGCCUCGUUUCGGUCCUGCCCACAGUAUAAAUAGGAGGGAGCUACACUUCACGAGGCGACGCAGCGACUGCACGUAGUGACGCCAACGCGACCGAUUGCACACCGGCUCCGACACCUAAACGUUGCACAUUUCGCUUCUGCCAAUCCAGCACGAUGUCCCUUUUGCGUGCUCCGACAUCAUGCAGCCGCACUGUGCAGUCACAGCAGGGACGGUCGCGGAAGUCGCCCGUCGUGCGGGCCUAUCUCGAGGAGAAGAAGGCGCCUCUCCCGCCGCCUCGCGGGCCCUACUCCACAGUUCCAGCUCAGACCUUUAAGAACCAGCUUGAGGCUCUGAAAUCAAUGUCCGUCGUCGUCGCGGACACUGGCGAGCUGGACCUGGUCAAGAAGUACCACCCCCAGGACUGCACAACCAACCCCAGCCUGGUCUACAAGGCACUGUCCAUGCCCGAGAACCGACACUACCUGGAGAAGGCGCUGGCCAAGGACAAGCGGCAGCCGGAGCACGUGCACGCCGGCGUCAGCCGCCCCUACGCCGGCGUGGCGGACCAGCUGGCUGUGGACCUGGGCGCCGAGCUGCUCAAGAUCGUGCCGGGCCGCGUGUCGACCGAGGUGGACGCCAACCUGUCGUACUCGACGCAGGUGGGGGGAAAGGCGGGGUGGACAGCAGCCAACCUGUCGUACUCGACGCAGGCCAGUGUGGACAAGGCGCUGCGCAUUAUGGAGCUGUACGCCGCCAAGGGCUACAACCCCUCCCGCAUCUACAUCAAGCUCGCCUCCACCUGGGAGGGCAUCGAGGCGUGCCGCCGCCUGGAGAAGCAGGGCAUCAACUGCAACAUGACGCUGCUGUUCUCGUUUGCGCAGGCCGCCGCAUGCGCAGACGCGGGUGCCACGCUCAUCUCGCCGUUCGUGGGUCGCAUCAUGGACUGGUACAAGGCCAAGGAGGGCCGCGACUUCGCCAGCCAUGAGGACCCGGGCGUGCUGUCUGUAAAGCGCAUCUACAACUACUACAAGGCGCACCACUACAAGACCAUUGUGAUGGCGGCGUCGUUCCGCAACGCCGGCGAGAUCCGCGAGCUUGCGGGAUGCGACAACAUCACCAUCUCGCCGCAGCUGCUGGACGAGCUGCAGAAGUCCACAGAGCCGCUCGACCGCAAACUGACCCCCGAGAAGGCGCAGACGGACGCGCUCAAGCUGUCCAACAUGCACGAGGACCUGUUUGUCAAGCUGCACGGCGCGGACCAGAUGGCUGUGGAGAAGCUGGACCAGGGCAUCAAGGGCUUCGUGGCGGACCAGAAGAAGCUGGAGGACCUGCUGGCAUCCAUCGCCAUGAUGCAGGUCCGCGAGAACCACUGAGGCCAUCAAAUCACGUGAGGAGGCCCGCAGUUGACGUUCGUUGCUGAGGGGGCCGUCACGCGCAUGGCUCCGUAGCGCUAGGGAUGGAACUGUGAUUUAGUGCGGAUGUUGAGGGGCUGAUGGACUUGGGCAGGCGAACGACGCUGAUGUACGUAUGUACAAUACACAUGACAUAGUUGCCGCACCGACAUAAGUAGGCGUGUGUAGCAAAUUGUGCCAUGCUUACCCGAAGGGGUACAGAUCCACUGGCUGACAAGCGGUGUCACUGGAAAGGCUUGCUUUAGUCAGAACGCAGGCUGUCCGUUGUUUGGUGGUGCGCUAGGUCGGCGCUUCGACGCGAAGGGCUCACAUUGAGUCUUCCACGUUGCUGACUACGAUUGCACGGCUGAUGUUGUAAAUCACAACACGU